CACACACACACAGAAACAUGUACACACAUACACAUACAGUACACACAGACACAUGUAUGUACAUAUACACACACACGUACACGCACACACAGACACAUACAUGUACAUGCAUACAGACACACACACCUCUAUAAAAAGUUGCAGUACUUCGUUGUUCACUCACAGAGCCGGGUACUGCACUCUAGGGGGAGGCAGAGAGCACAGCACACACUCCUUCCUUUGCUUUCACUGCACUCAGCUACUGAGCAGUCUGACAGCUCCCAGUGCCAAUGACAGAUCCGGC